CCUCUGUUAAAGGAGUCGUCCCAAUCCCUGCCAAUAUCUUAGGUAGAAAGACCAACCAUUUCUGCUUUUCUAUUUGGAAAACCGCUUCCCUCACUAUCGUCUUAUUGUUUUCAGUUUCUUCCCAAAUAGAUGGCGAGUCUUCAGCAUCCAACGCAUCCCCAUGCCCUGAUCCGGCGAGUAUUGAGCGAAAAUUGCAGCAUCAAUUGCUACUUCUGCUGGCAACUUAUUCAGGGCUCGGCCUACUGUUGUCAAGAGAGCUGCGAGUAUUACCUCCACGAAUCAUGCGCCUUAAUGGAACUUCCUCUCCUAAUAUUACAGCAUCCAUUUCACCCCCAACACCCGCUUAAGCUCACCCCCAACACCCGUUACUCCUGUGGCAAUUGCGAGUACUCUAUGGAUUUAGUACUUGCAGUUGCGACACUGCCUCCGGAAAACAAGGAUGAAGAAGAGGAAAGCCGGGAGGAGGACAUGAUCCAACAUGUUGCUCAUGACCACCCGCUCAGCUCCUUCAGUAUAAAGAUGCCAGAGUGGAUUCCAUGCCGAGGAUGCUGGCUUAAAAAGUCGGGUCGAGUUUAUGGGUGUCGGCAGUGCCAGUUCUUGGUCCAUGAGUCUUGUGCUCAGGCACCUCCAGAGAUACGACACCCUUUUCAUCCACGCCAUUCUCUCACCCUUGUUUUUGAUCAUGGGAACGGCUUUCAAUGCCAAGCAUGCGGUAUGAAAAGGUUCAAUCAGCUCGCAUACUACUGCCAUGAAUGCCGGUUCCACCUGGAUGUGCCAUGUGCCACUGUCAUUGGUACUCCGCCUCCAGAAGACCUGAAAAAUAAAGACACCCCGAUAAUCCAACACUUCUCCCAUAGGCACCAAAUGACAUCCUUUCAUGUGAACAUGGAGUUCGGGUAUAUCUUAUGCCCAGUCUGUGACCUUAACAUAUCGGGUGAGAUUUACUGUUGCCCUGACUGCAUUUUCCUCAUCCACAAGUCAUGCGCUGAUAAGUUAUCCCCAGAGACAGUGCACUUCCUUCAUCCGAGCCACCCUCUCAAACUCCUAGAGAAGCCUUGGUACAGUGCAGGGAGAUACGGUUGCUGUUGCUGUGGAAGGGCUGAUUCAGGUCUGCAUUUCAAUUGUAAAGAAUGCAUGUUCAACCUUGACCCUAAUUGUGCUCUGAGAACUCUCAGUGCUGCUAAAGAGGGGGUAGCUACCAAAUUUCAACCUCAUGCUCAUGAACACCCAAUGACUCUUUGUUCCUUCUCGAAGAUGAAGAUAGGCAAGACCUGUUCAGCUUGUAAGCAAUACAUCGACGGCCUAGCCUAUCGUUGCAGUCUCUGUAUUGGGGGUUUUGUGCUCCAUAAAUCCUGCGCAGAGCUACCUGUGGAGAUUGAACACCCAUUUCACCAGGUCCACCCACUCAAGCUUCUUCCCAAGGCACCGGCAGACUACUUCUACUGCAAUGCUUGUCACGAAAGAUCAGAAGGCUUCACCUUCUGCUGCAUAACUUGCCAGUUCUACUUAGACGUAGGCUGCGCUUCCAUAAAGCUGACUCUUAAACAUCCACGCCACGAGCACAGUUUAACUUACUUCCAGAAAAGUCAAAUCCCAUGGCGGUGUGCUUCUUGUGGAAAGGGCAGCUGCAUUGAUGUAUAUCGUUGCAUGCCCUGCAACUUCAUUCUUCACCAUGAUUGCCUUCCUCUACCCCCAACUGUCAACCACAAAUGCCACCCCUAUCAUCCACUGAUCCUGUGCGAUGAAUUUGUUGAUGGAAAUCCGGAUGCCCAGUACUGUGAUUAUUGUGAGACAAUCAGGAAUCCGGACCACGGUGUUUAUCGGUGUGAAGAAUGCUGGUACACGACCCACAUUGGCUGUGUUAUAACAGAAACUGAGGGUGAACUGAAGCUGUUAGGGGGAGCAGAUGAAGAUCCUCAGCUCACCAAGGUGAAUGAAGAAAUAGCAACAAAGCAGGCGGUUAUAGAGGUAACACAUCGCAACCUGAAGGCAUCCAAGGAGAAACUGGAGGCACUUAAAAAAGAGAGAGACAGAGAUUUCUCAAAACCAUAAGGAGAAUGUACGUCGUAUGCUCUCCUUAGGUAUUUGGUCAGGUAAAGGCUGAUUACCUGACCAAUCAAACAAUUAUUCACCAGAAAACAAGAGCCCUAGCUUCUCCAGGUCGAGGAGUUACUCAGAGUGCGGCCAAGAUAUCAGUGUCUUUAGUUUAUGCCAUAGCUAUCAUACGUGGAUUGUCAGAUCUACUUUUCACUUUGGGUCACAACGAACGGCAAAGGAAAUGCGAGGAAAGGGUCAGAUCAGCACUGUCAAAACUCCUAAGCCCCCGCUGAUUGGUGGAGAUUCUGAUACCUGCCUCCGAUACUAGCUCCUCAACUUCAAAGAGAUUGUGAACAAUAUACGAAGACCAUGAUUUUUCGAAUCAGAACUCACAAACUGACUCAAUAUCGUUCGUGAAAACUAAAAGUUGUUUUGGAAAGCUCAGGAUUUGCUCGAGCAUAAAUCCACUGCAGCCAAAUACUUAUUUUGGACCUUUUUAGUUUCUAUGAAUGAUGUGACCAGGAGUUUUUGUUCAGAUCAUGCUGUUGUGUCCAAACGAUUCUCCUGAAUCCCUCCUAGCUAAUCAAAGACAACCAUCUUGAUUGUUGACAUUGUCCAAAAGUUGUAAUGUGACGAGAUGCUGAGAGAAACCCCUUGCUUUGAUAGGAAAACGCAACGUUGUCGUUUGCAUUUUCUAGAGCAUAGGAAAUACUCCGUGUGUCUCCGGAUCAGAGCCCGUCUUCAUGGAAUCCCAUUUUCUCAGUACCUUUAGGCUCAUCCAAUUUUCCUGUUCUGUGCCAAAUCAGUUUUGUACGUCUUCUAUAUGCUCUACUCUCACUAAUUGUGUGUGGUUGGUGGCAUCAAAUCUCCUUCGUCCUUUCCA